ACGCAAAGGAAGUUGGAGUCGCUUGGAGCGCACAUCCGGCAGAAAGAUGGCUGCCACUAAGCGACAGUGACACUUUGUUGUUAUUAACCUGGGCAGGAACUUUUUUGUUAAGUAAACGAUAAUAACGCUGUUCCAAAGAGUUAUAAGGCGCCGUGGCGUCUUGUCCUAGAAAGCGGGAAGACAUUGGUAGACAUCGAGUCUUGAUUAACGUCUCCCGGUGGGAAUCUAAACCACUUCUUCUUCUCCUCACUGCUUGUCUUCCUGGUUCAGUCCAGCCUUCUCAGAACACACAAUGGCUGCCCCAGUCAAUGCUCAGAACCCCAGCAAGACCUGGGAGCUGAGCCUUUAUGAGCUGCACAGAACCCCACAGGAGGCGAUAAUGGACGGCACGGAGAUCGCCGUGUCCCCCCGCAGCCUCCACAGCGAACUGAUGUGUCCAAUCUGCCUGGAUAUGCUGAAAAACACCAUGACGACCAAAGAGUGCCUGCACCGGUUCUGCUCCGAGUGCAUCGUCACGGCGCUCCGAUCGGGGAACAAGGAGUGCCCCACCUGCCGGAAGAAGCUGGUGUCCAAACGCUCCCUGCGGCCGGACCCCAAUUUCGAUGCGCUCAUCUCGAAGAUAUACCCGAGCAGGGACGAGUACGAGGCUCACCAGGACCGGGUCCUGGAGCGCCUGAGCCGGCUGCACAACAAGCAGGCCCUGAGCUCCAGCAUUGAGGAGGGCCUGAAGAUACAGGCGCUGGUCAGACCGCAGAGGGUGCGCAAACCGCAGCAGGAGAGCGACAACACUACCUUCAGCGGCGGGGAGGACAACUGCGACGCGCGCUCCCACCUGUCCCAGGACUCGGCCCCGCCCCUCCUCCACCCGGGACCCCUGGCCGAGGCCGAGGCCGAGGGCGGGGCCGGGCCCAGCCGCAGCAAGCGGGCAAAGGUUUCGGACGAGUCCUGCCCCGAGGUGGACCGGGGAAGCCCCACGCCCUCCCUGCCCCCACACCACCAGGAGGGGCCCGGCUCGGAGAUCGAGCUGGUGUUCCGCCCACACCCCCUGCUGGUCAACAUGCAGGACUACAGUCAGACCAGGUACGUGAAGACGACGGCCAACGCCACGGUGGACCACCUGUCCAAGUACCUGGCCCUCCGCAUAGCCCUGGAGGAGCGGCAGGCGGACGGACAGACAGGAGGGGAGGCGGGGGACGACAGAGGAGGAGGAGGAGGAGGUGGUGGAGGAGCAGUGAGCCUGCGGAAUGUCAGCGAGAAGCAGUACACCAUCUACAUCACUACGUCAGGCGGGCAGUUCUCGACUCUCAAUGGCUCUCUAACCCUGGAGCUGGUCAAUGAGAAGUACUGGAAGCUCUGCAAGCCCCUGGAGCUCUACUACGCCCCCACCAAGGAACCGCUACAGCAGUGAAGGGGGGGGGGGCAAAGGGGGUUCCAGAUCUGUCCCCUCUUAAUCAUCGCAUAAAGACGAGAGCUCCUCCCUCUUACACUCGGACAGUCUGCUGCUACUGAGAGAGAGAGCGAGAGAAAGUGUGUGAUUGGUAAGAAAGAGUGCGAGAGGGUAUGAGAGUAUGUGUAUGUGUAUGUAUUAGGGAGUGUGCAUGAGAGGAACAAGUGAAGAAUGCGUGAACAAGGGGAGAGAGGAGGGUGUGAGGGAGGAGGGGUACAGACAGUGUGUACGAGACAGUUAGAAAGAGAGGGGGGUAGAGUGAGAUGGAGCAGUGCGCGCGCGUGUGUGGGAGAGAGGCCGACUUUGGCAUCGGUGGAGAUCACGUCGAGAAGCGGACUCCGAGGUAGAGCCUACGAGCUCUCCUCCGCUCAUUAUCCCUCUCUUCAAAUCUGACAUUUUAGAUGGAAGUACAAAAAUCCUACUUCCAUCCAACAGAACCGUCCCUGCCUUUCUUUCACCUUCCAGAACACGAGGUAGAACCCCCCCCCACACACCCAACCAGCCAGUCAGCACUGUGUAUAUCCCUAACCUUUUCCGUUUCCCACAAUGCCCCUGUAUUGUACAGCCAUUUUGUAUAUUCUCAGUCUCAGAUAUGAUUAUAUUACGAGUGAAGUUGACAACGCAAUAUCAUGGGGAUAAGGGAUUCAUUUGCCUGGACGGAUUUUUCCAUACAGUGAGGAAGAACCGUUUUUGUUUUUUUAAAUUUUUUUAUUUAUACAUCAGGCCUGGAAUAAACCAGCCAGAGUACAGGGCCUUAAACUGAACUGGGAGACUGAGGCUAAAGGUUUGCUGUCAAUCAAGCUGCUUACAUUCUCUGUAAAACCAUCAGAACCCUUCGGCCAAUCAGGCUGAGGUCCAUUUUUAAAAAUGCUUUCUAUGUAUAAACUGAAACAUCUACAGGAACCAACCAUGCAAGUGAAAAUUCUACAGUACUGUGCAAAAGUCAGAGACCACCCUUUAUUUUACUUUCCAGUGAAAAGUCAUUAACUGCGAGUUAUCUGACAUAUUUUACACAAUGCACAAAAACCUCCUGAACUAUGUACAAUAUCAGAUCUUUCAGUAUGUAGUGUGUCCACCCUUGGCCUUUAUAACAGAAUCCGUUCUUUUUGGGAGACUUGCUUUGCGUUUUUUGAAGGAAUUUGCGGGAAUAUUUUUCCAUGCUUCUUGUCAAUGUUCAGUCUUAGAAGUUGGUUGCAUUUUCCGCUUCUCUCGAUCCAAGUAAUUCCAAACACAUUUCAGUGAUGGUGAGGUCUGGACUCUGGGUUGGCCAGUCCAUUGUUUGGAGAGCACCAGCAGCCUGAUCUCCUUAGCAGUGUGCUUGGGGGUCAUUAUCUCACUGUAGAACGGAUUUGCUCCCAGUCAAGCAUUGUCCAGAGGCUACUGCGUGAUGUGUUAAGAUUUUAUUGUAUUUAUCUACAUUCAUGUUUGUUGACUGGAAGGACGAAAGACAUAAAGGCAAAACAAAAGAAAGCGGACAAAUGCUGAGAUUUGAUAUUGCAUGUAGUGGUGGAGGCUUUUCUUGAAUUUUCCGUUAAAUGUUCCUGCAUUAUUGUCUUGACACUGAAAAAAAAAAAUGCACCGAAUAGCUGUUCUGCAGUGGAAACGGAAUAAACGAAAGUGUGGUCCGACUUUUGCACAGUACUGAAGUUUAUACAGAAACAGAAGGGUGGGGGAAAGAAAGCAAUGUACACAAAAAAAAAGCACAAGAAGAGUUGGUUAUGUACCUCGUCUGAGUUUCAAUCCCUCUGAAGGGCUUUUGCACUUUUGUAAUUUGUGAACAUUCAUAGUGAUUACAGACUGCUUUGAGAUA